GAGAGAGGAGCGGAGAGAAAUGAGAGGAAAAGAAACAUAAGAGAGCUCCACUCCUCCACAUAUUCCUCUUCUUCUAUAUCCAUGGCUACUCUCUCCUCCUCUUACUACUCUCUUCAACCUCUCUCUUAUUUCUCUUCUUCUUCUUCUUCCUCCUCUUCAUCAUCAUCUCUCAUUGUCUCCUUCCAUUCUCUUUCACCAAAAUCAGUAACCCCAUUACUGUCUCGCUGCUUCUCUGUUUCGCUCAGACCCAAACUCUCAAUCCAACCAACCAGGCUCUUUGUUCCCCCAAUUUUCCUUUUUGCUGGCUUUGAAACCUCCAUAGAUACCCAGACUUUCCUUGCCACUAUCAGUGUUCUCGUCACCAUUGCUCUUUCUCUCUCUCUUGGUUUCAAGGGUGAUCCAGUGCCUUGUGAGCGUUGUGCCGGCAAUGGAGGGACAAAAUGUGUAUUUUGUAAUGAUGGUAAAAUGAAGCAAGAGACUGGAUUGGUUGAUUGCAAGGUGUGCAAGGGUGCAGGAUUAAUUCUCUGCAAGAAAUGUGGAGGUUCUGGAUAUUCUCGACGAUUAUGAACUCAUUUUCUGGAUUUUCAUACCAUUAGCCAGUCUUACUCUUCGACUCGUUUUUUCUUCUAAUUGUAUGAUAGCUGUAUUCUUUCUUUUUUCCCGAAUUCUAAAUUUGUAAUUGUUUCUUCAAGAACAUUCCUACUUCUCUCUACAUAUAUGUAAUAUUAUAGGUUCUAAAAGAAAGCAAUGAAAUAAAUAAUGAUGACAAAUUAUAGAUUC